ACAAUGGCGUCCUACUCACGCCGUUAACGUUAGAGGCCAUCUCUGGGAACUCAAACCUUCAUUUCUCUCUCUACUCUCAGAAAUCUCCAUCUUCGUUCCUUUUUCGGAAGAUAGAGCGCAGAAGCGGUGAAAAUGCUGGGUCGUCUCGCCUCCCAACGCAUUCGUGAGAUCCGUCAAGUUUAUCGGCAGUUUCCUCAGGCAUCGCGAUCUUUCUCGACCGCGCUGAACUAUCAUCUUGACAGUCCGGAUAAUAAACCAGACAUUCCUUGGGAAUUCAGUGCUGCGAACAAAGAAAAGGCCAAGGAGAUAAUAUCCCACUAUCCGUCCAACUAUAAGCAAUCUGCUGUAAUUCCUUUGCUUGAUCUUGCACAACAACAACAUGGAGGUUGGCUUCCUGUUUCAGCAAUGAAUCAUGUUGCUAAGGUAAUUGAAGUUGCUCCAAUUCGUGUAUAUGAAGUGGCAACCUUCUAUUCGAUGUUCAACCGAACAAAGGUUGGCAAAUACCACCUUCUGGUAUGCGGCACUACACCAUGCAUGAUACGUGGUUCGAGAGACAUUGAAGAAGCAUUACUGAAGCACCUAGGAGUGAAGCGCAAUGAAGUCACCAAGGAUGGAUUAUUUUCUGUUGGAGAAAUGGAAUGUAUGGGAUGUUGUGUAAACGCUCCAAUGAUUACAGUUGCUGACUACUCCAGCGGAUCCGAAGGAUACACCUAUAAUUAUUAUGAAGACGUUACUCCAAAGCGAGUUGUCGAGAUUGUUGAGGCUUUCAGAAGAGGGGAGAAGCCACCACGUGGAACACAAAAUCCAGAACGCAAAAACUCGGGACCACAAGGUGGGAACACAACAUUGUUAGGUGAGCCGAAGGCUCCUCCGUGUAGGGAUCUUGAUGCCUGCUGAACAAAAUAGUUGAUGUACACCUCAUUCUUCCUAAUAAUGAUGAUAAUUUAUCCAAAGGUGGGACCCAUCUGUAGUAUGUAAGCUGUUGUUAAUCUAUUCUCAAAUAAUUUCGAGAUUUCUUUGUUGUCUGUUUUAUCUUCCUUCCAGUUUUAUGAUACAGGUGGAAUGUUUUGACCCGAGUUAUUCUUUUUUUUUUUUUUUUUUCGCAUCCGCAGAUGAUGGUAAGGUCAUUCAGCAAGGCCUUAAAAAAUCAACAUUGUAAUUUCAUUUCUUUGUAUUAAUAAACUGGACUGUGCUGAACUUUUGUGGUUAUUUCCAUUUAUAUGCUGUGUUGAUAGACACUUGCAGUUAUUGGAAUUAUUGUUUCCUU